GUGGCACAGUAUGGUUUGAGAUCCAGCAAAAUGCCACGUGUCAGUAUCUGUAAAAAAGCGCGCACCACGCACUCAACUGCUUAUACUCGGCUUCGUGCUCUCUUCGCUUCGCCCUUCCAUUUCUCACUCUCACAACCGAUUUUGGUCCUGAUCGCUUUCCCGGAUCAUCAAAAACCCCACUAAUGGCGGCCUUGACAGAGCCUGAGGCCACCAUUCUGACCGCCGAGUCAGACUAUCAAAGUCCAUUCUCAGUAUUACCCGUCAAGCUCCAGACGCUACCUCACUUAACCGACUACAUCCCUAACCUCAAAACCCUACCCAAUCCUCUCGAUCAAAACUCCUUCUUCCACCCCUCUGAUGGUUUCUACAUCAAUCCGGGUGACGCUAUUCUCCGCCACAUCGUCCUCGACUCAUGUGGAACCUUUCCCUCUCUUUCCCCUCACCUCGCCUACCACCGAGCCGGCCCCCGCCGCAGCAUAUUCUUCGAGCCGUCGUCUGUCAAGGUCGCUAUCGUCACCUGCGGGGGACUCUGCCCUGGCCUCAACACCGUCAUCAGGGAGCUCGUCAAUGGCCUAUGGGAGCUCUACGGCGUGCGCCAGAUCUUCGGCGUCACUGCCGGGUACCGGGGUUUUUACUCGACGGAACCUGUGGAGCUCAAUCCCAAGAUUGUGCAUAACUGGCAUAAGAGGGGCGGUACGGCGCUUGAAACGUCUAGAGGUGGUUUUGAUCUUGAUAAAAUCGUUAAUGCUAUCCAAAAUCGUGGCUUCAAUCAGGUGUAUAUCGUAGGUGGAGAUGGAACUUUGCGUGGUGCAGUAAAAAUAUUCAACGAGAUUCGUAGGCGCAAAUUGAAUAUUGCAGUUACUGGAAUCCCCAAAACCGUGGACAAUGAUGUAGGCAUAAUUGACAGAUCUUUCGGAUUCCAGACAGCAGUAGAAAUGGCUCAGCAAGCGAUUAGUGCAGCUAAUGUGGAAGCAGAGAGUGCAGUCAAUGGAAUAGGCUUGGUAAAACUAAUGGGUCGAAGCACUGGACACAUUGCUCUUCAUUCAACACUAAGCAGCGGGGAUGUUGAUUGCUGCUUAAUUCCUGAAAUGGAAUUCUACUUAGACGGGAAAGGAGGCCUCUUUGAGUUCCUUGAGCAGAGGCUCAGAGAAAACGGACAUGCAGUACUGGUCGUAGCUGAAGGGGCAGGACAGGAAAUGAUGCCAAGAACUGACGCCCAAAAGGAAGAGAGGGAUGAAUCCGGCAACGUUGUUUUUCUCGACGUGGGUGGCUGGUUGAAGUCAGAGCUAAAGAAUUGGUGGACAAGAGACCACCCGGGUGAGUUGUUUACAGUUAAGUACAUAGAUCCUACAUACAUGAUACGUGCAGUUCCCGCCAAUGCUACAGAUAACUCCUACUGCACACUUCUAGCACAUUCAGCCAUCCAUGGAGUUAUGGCUGGCUAUACUGGAUUUGUAUCUGGUCCCAUCAAUGGUAACUACGCUUAUAUCCCCUUGGAAGAGGUGGCGCAGGCUAAGAAUGAAGUCGACGUCAAGGACCAUAAAUGGGCUUGGGUCAGAUCUGUAUCCACCCAGCCCGAUUUUGUGAGGAGGUAAACUUUUAAUGGACUCCUGUAUCCAUAAGAAGAGUUUCUCUUUUUCAGGUUUUGGUCUUUUUAAGCUUUAUCAGGAAUAAGUUUACACAUUUAUGUUCCUAUCAAUAAAUAAUUAUGAUGAAGUACCAGAACCAGAAAACCUGAGACGGGGACAGUUUUAAUCUGUCAGAAACUGUAUUAUGUCGUGAUUACCGUAAAAGAAAACAAAAACUUCAAACAGAGUUACAAUUUACAAAGAGCUGUUAUUCUUUUUUCUGCGAAAUUUACAGGAGCUGUAGCCAUGUUUUGGUCGG